AUGGCUCAACGACUCAGACCGGGACGAGGACUUGACACUAACUGGGUUUGGAAGCCCAAUUCGUCUAGACAGGUCACCGGAGACAACUGGGAAAAGCCGUCGAGGAGGAGUGUGUUUCUACGUCAACAAGAGUUUCAACAACUAUUCUACACGGUUGUCUACAUUCAACCGCGAGCCAACGCGUCAGCUGCUGCCCAGCUGAUCGCUGACACAACACACAAACUGGACGAAAUUUGCCCCGACGCACCCAAAUUCAUCCUGGGGGAUUUUAAUAAAUGUGACUUGGGUGGAGCUUACCGUUCCAUACCCAUGCCUGCCCUAGGGGCCUCUUAUCACAACAGUGUUUACCUCAUGCCAGUGUAUAAACCGUCCUUCAUGCGCUUAGAACACAAGGAGAGAACGCGAACUCCCAUCUCUCACAAAGUCAUCGAGAAACGAAGACGGGACCGAAUUAUCCGCUGCCCAAAUGAACUAGGGAAAACAGUACCGAUGGCAAUGGCAAAACAGCCCUCUGGAAAACUGGAGAAAGCUGAGAUCUUAGAAAUGACAGUUCAAUAUCUGCGAGCGCUGCACACAGUGGAUUUUCCCAGUGGGAGAGAAAAAGGUGAACUUCUCGCUGAGUUUGCGAACUACUUCCACUACGGAUACCACGAGUGCAUGAAGAACCUGGUGCACUACCUGAACACAGAGGACAGAGCUGAAACCAAAGACAUCAAGUACGCACGGAUCCUCGCCUUCUUACAGUCCGAGUCCUGUGUGGUCACCGAGCCCGUAUUCUAUGGAGCCAGAACAGUCUCAAAAUCUCCAAAUAUACUGUUCUGGCUCCAUACAUCCGACUCCGUGUACAAGCAGAGUCCACCGGGACACUUCUCCUGGCACAGCUCGGCACGCAGCCCGGCCAUCACGUACCCAACAGAGCCGCUCUCUGCGCACUCACAGCAGCACGGUGGAUACUUAUCACCGUUGCAGGGACUCGAUCACCACUAUUUUAACUUCAUCGGUCACACGCACGCCAACACGUUUAGUUUGCAGAGUGCGCAACACGCCAUGUAA